AUCACCCAUCUGAUAGAAGAAAAAGGAAAAGAGUUUUAAAAAGUGAUGCACAAUUACUGUCCAAGACGUCCCAACUAGGUUGGGAGCUGGUGAGUGAGAAAAGGAGUGCAACACUGGAGCUUAUAUAUCAAAGAAAAAAAGAAAAAAAAGGAAAUGACACGACCACAGACACCAAAAUGAAGGAGUUGGUGUGAAAAAGCUAUAUAUGAGGCUAUGAGCAAGGUGCAACAGCACUAAUGAGGUGGCCCAAAGAGUUAGGCCUCUCCUCUAAACUCCGAACAUUUGUCCCCCAACGGUGCUGACACAUGACUUCCAUAAUCAAAACAAAACUAAAUAAGCAAUCACCUAUUAUCUCGCUUUCGCUUCCUUCUUCUUUUACUCAGUCUCUUCCUCACCCAGCAAAAUCCGGUCUUAUUAGACCUGUUCAGAUCAUAUUGCUACCCAUUUCAGUUCCAACAGCCCCACCCCCUCCAACCUCUCUCUCUCUCUCUCUCUCUCUCUCUCUCUCUCUCUCUCUCUCUCUCUCUCUCUCUCUCUCUCUCCCCCCUAUACCAUUUCUUCCACGUUCUUCCUUAUAUUAUCACCAUAUCAUAUCUCUAUGACCCCUUAGUUGUUAUACCAUUUAUUGUUUUCACCCUUCUUCUUAUCCAUCGUCUAUCAUGAUCGUCAUCUUCUUCCUUAAAACAUUGCUUCUUGGAUUCCUACUAGCAACACCAUAAGGUGUUGGGAACUAUGACCCUUAAGGGUGGCACGAGCCACGCUUGCGCUGCAUGCAAGUAUCAAAGGAGAAGGUGCUCCGCUGAGUGCCCUCUUGCUCCUUACUUCCCUGCUGAACAGCCAAAGCUAUUCCAAAAUGCUCACAAGUUAUUUGGUGUCCGCAACAUGUUGAAGAUACUAGAGCAUUUGGAGCCUAGUCAGAAAAAUGAGGCAAUGUGGUCUAUCAUCUGCCAAGCCAACAUCCGAGACAAGUCUCCGGUGUACGGCUGUUGGGGGAUAACGAGGCAACUACAGUACCAAGUGCUUCUGGCAGAGGAGGAGCUUCAAGCUGUUAAUGCACAGCUUGAGAUGUACCGGCAACAACAUCAGCAGCAGCAGCAGAUUUCUUCUAUGCCCAUUGAUAUGACCUCGCAGUUAGAAUUAGGUAUGGCGCCCCCCAGCAAUUCCCUUUCACUUUUCAACCAUACUCCACAGCCUUACAAUGUCGUCCCUGCUUUGCCUGUAACGCAACAACAGCAGUCUUACUCUAAUAGCAGCAAAGCUGGUUACAACUCCUCUGCUUUCAUGGAUACCAAGGAUAAUACUGCAAACCCUUUUUGGGUUCAACAUUCUUUUGCCAAUAACAAUAACAAUUCAAUGGCAACAUUUCAGUCUCAGUUGGCCGCCUCCCAACCACUCGCUAUCCAACAAGUAGUUCAAGACUAUGAUGAGAUGCGUCCUUUCUUUGAUACCAUUGAUGACAGACAAUCAUACAUUGAUUCCAAAGAGGCUUAUGAAUCAAGCUCGGAAGAAUCCUUGAAAGAUACAAACCAGUCAAUUGAGCACGUUGCAGAGAAUGAAUUGAAGAGUGCUGCUGCAUGCUUCAGUCUUACCAGCGUCAACUGAUCAAAUGAGGCCAAGAACUGUAGCUUGUUUUCCCAUUCUUUAUUCUAUUUCCCCAAAGUUGGUGCAUAGAAUAAAUUCCACAAUUUUGAGAUUCUUUCUUUUUAACUUAAUGUCACCUAUUCUUUGAACAGCUCAUAGUCGAUUUUCUAAUCAAUAUUUGAGAUAUUCCAUGUUUCUAACUACGUUGGUAUUCUUUUGUUUGUGGGAAUCAGUGAAUGUUUCUCAAACUUGGCAGAUUUAAAGCAGAGGUGCUAAUUGUCGCCACAUUUUAUGCCGAUCUAUUUUCUUCUUCGCUAUCCACCUAUAUAAGUUUUCACUUAAAUUUAUCAUCGGAUUUGGGCCAAAUUGGAUAGAGCUUUGGCUUAUCAGUGAGUAUUGUGGAUUAGGAAGACUUUGACUGCAAGCAGUCCUAUGCUCAUCUCUGCAGAACCUGAUUUUGUUCAUUACAUAUGGUCCUACCCCAUUUUGAUUCUUGAGGAUGUGAUGAACCAACCCAUAAUGUUUUCAAAAAAGUGGUGGGGAAAGGCUGGUCGUAGCCUGUUCUUGGAAGUCAUGGGUUGGUGAAACUUAUUGCCAAGCUUAAUUAAGAAUUGGAACAAGACGGUCCUGUUUGGUAGAGUGGAGCAACAACUGCAGCAAUUAGAGGAUUCCAUUGUAGAGUUAGAGGUAGAUCUUGUUAACAAAGGGAUGGAGCUGGAGAAGUCUCUUCUACAGGAGGAAAUACUUAUUAAAACAGGAGGCCCGAGAGAAGUGGUUCAAGAAAAGAGAGAUGCUAAAUACGAUGAAAUUUCCUCAUGCUACUCUCCACAAGAUAUACAUGAUGAUCAUGAAGCAAUCAAGUAUUUUUUUUAAUGAUCUGCUCUCUUCAAGUGAUUCUAUCCCUAGCUAGUCAGUCUUGCUUAUUUUAUUACUCGGUGUUGUUGUAUUGGAAAGGAAAAAUGAGCAGUUAUAUAGAAUAAUGCCUUCAAUUGAGGAAGUACUAAAAGAGGUUUUGCAUGCAAGACAUUCUUCUUGAUAGCAGCACGAGUUCGGAUGGGUUUAUCUCGAGCUUUUACCUUGAAUAUUGUUGCAGGUAUAUCGUGAGGGUGGAUGUGUGCAUGGGAGGCUACAAAAGAUUUCAUUAAUGAUGCUUCUUUUCCUCCUUUUUCUUCCUCAUCUUCUUGGAAGGGAAGAAGUAUGGCUGAAAAUGUGUCCCUUACUCAGGAACUUGUGCUUUGUCUCAAUAAAAAGAGUUAAGGGGAUGCAAUUUAAUGGUUAAAGUUGACAUGGCCAAGCUAGCUAGGUAAGUAUAUGAUUGAUUGGAAUAUUGAAAAUUUUUGUCCAACAGUUUGGAGGAGUUUGGAUUUUCUGCGCCAUAUGCAAGAGACUGUUUUGAAUUUCAUUUAUUCAACAUGGUUUUUAAUUAUGAUGAAUGAGACAUAUAAGAGGUCUUUGUCGUCU